AUGUCGCACCAAGCGACUCUUUGGAGGGCAACGUGGUUGCUUUUUACAAUGUUUGCUGUGUUUUCUGUAAGUUUGAUUUUGUGCAAUAUACAUUUUCUAGCGCUGUAAAUUUUAUUCCAAUUGUUUUCAGGCUUAGAAACAAAGGCACAAUUCACACUAGUUAAUGUGUUAUGUGUUCCUCAUUUUUCACCCUUUCUGUUUCUUAGGAACACUCCUAAAUUCCGAUUCGAUCCGGAAUUCGAGGGCCACAGAUUUGUUAGUCAUUGACUAUUAAGUGCUACCCUCGUUAAACAAAGUCAAUGUAUUUAUUUUAUUUAUUUUUACUGAUGCAGUCCUCAAUAUGUUCACCCACUCUUUUUCGUACCUUUUAGCACGGACGUACUUUUAACUUGUGUGCUAUGGUACAUUUUGAUACACACAUUUCGCUACCACUGUUGUAUUUUGUAUGUAUGUUGUUUUGCCAUGUUUGUUUUUGUUUUCGUUCUUUUUACAAGCAUCAUCGUAGUUCACACUAUUAGUCAGUGAGCGUUCGCUAACUAGAGAGACUAAUUGUUUUGUUGUUUUUAGUUGCUAUUCAUAAUCUCAGUAACAAUUGUUUGAGUGUAUACAUUAUUAAUUUGGUUUCAAUUCCUUUGUGUUUCUAAAACAAAAGAACGACCUAUGGCAAUUUCCCUUUGUAAUUUAUGCUCCAAAUCUUACAGUUGCGAUGAUCGUAGACAACACAGCACUGCGAGACGAAUGACAAUAUUUUAUCGCUUAAAUUUUGUUAAAAAAAAUUUCAGUAAAGCAUACUUUAAAAAGUGAAGAGUGAUCAUCGCAGUAAAUUUUCCAAUUUAAGCAAUUGGAAAGAAGAAGCCUGAAAAAAAAAAAAAAAUCAGGGCUUCAACGGGAUUCGAACCCAUGACCUCCACGAAGCCGGUGCGAUGCUCUACCAACUGAGCUAUGAAGCCACACGUUGGGAGCGAGGUCAAUUUAUUAAGUUCAUAUCUUCCCGUGCAGUGAAGUGAUGUGUAGUAUAUAUGAAAUAAUUCAUAUUUGUACUGCGGUAGUAGAUGAAAGUGAAGAGUGAUCAUCGCAGUAAAUUUUCCAAUUUAAGCAAUUGGAAAGAAGAAGCCUGAAAAAAAAAUCAGGGCUUCAGCGGGAUUCGAACCCAUGACCUCCGCGAUACCGGUGCGAUGCUCUACCAACUGAGCUAUGAAGCCACACGCUGGGAGCGAGGUCAAUUUAUUAAGUUCAUAUCUUCUCGUGCAGUGAAGUGAUGUGUAGUAUAUAUGAAAUAAUUCAUAUUUGUACUGCGGUAGUAGAUGAAAGUGAAGAGUGAUCAUCGCAGUAAAUUUUCCAAUUUAAGCAAUUGGAAAGAAGAAGCCUGAAAAAAAAAAAAAAAAAAAUCAGGGCUUCAACGGGAUUCGAACCCAUGACCUCCGCGAUACCGGUACGAUGCUCUACCACCGAGCUAUGAAGCCACACGCUGGGAGCGAGGUCACUUAAGUUCAUAUCUUCCCGUGCAGUGAAGUGAUGUGUGUAUAUAUGAAAUAAUUCAUAUUUGUACUGCGGUAGUACAUCACCACCGCACGGGAAGAUAUGAACUUAAUAAAUUGACCUCGCCCCAACGUGUGGCUUCAUAGCUCAGUUGGUAGAGCAUCCAACCGGUAUCGCGGAGGUCAUGGGUUCGAACCCGUUGAAGCCCUGAUUUUUUUUUCAGGCUUCUUCUUUCCAAUUGCUUAAAUUGGAAAAUUUACUGCGAUGAUCACUCUUCACUUUCAUCUACUACCGCAGUACAAAGAUGAAUUAUUUCAUAUACUACACAUCACUUCACCGCACGGAAGAUAUGAACUUAAUAAAUUGACCUCGCUCCCAACGUGUGGCUUCAUAGCUCAGUUGGUAGAGCAUCGCACCGGUAUCGCGGAGGUCAUGGGUUCGAAUCCCGUUGAAGCCCUGAUUUUUUUUCAGGCUUCUUCUUUCCAAUUGCUUAAAUUGGAAAAUUUACUGCGAUGAUCACUCUUCACUUUCAUCUACUACCGCAGUACAAAUAUGAAUUAUUUCAUAUAUACUACACAAAGCAUACUUUUUUCCAUCCAUUUUGUCUUUGUUGCAUCCCGAUUUGUAGCAAUUUUAGAAACAUGAAAUUCGAUAUUAAUUAACGUUUUGAAACUUUGAUGUUGCCAGGCUUACUUGAUACUCCCCACGAAUUGAAUAUCAUCUCAUAAGGCCUUUUGAAGCUGGUUUUCACUAGGAACAUAAGCAUAAGCAUAAGCAACAUACGCAAACGUACCCUUUGUUAGGACAAAAGGCACUAAUUAACAACAAGUUACUGCGUCUGCGUAUGUUGCUUAUGCUUAUGCUAAUGUCCUAGUGAGAACCAGCCGUUACAGUGGGAAGUGUUUUAAGAAUGUUACUUCUUAGACCAAAAAUGUGAUUUUCAAUGUUCAUAAAAAUCAAGAUAUGACGAUCGAAAGACUUCCAAUUCCUCAAGACUCUAGUUGAGGACUUAUGAAAGAAAUUGAAGGUCAAUUUUUCAACUGCUAAUCGUUCCGUUUUUUAAGACCCUACUUAUUAUCAAAUUUCUAGCUGAUCCAGGCUAACAGAUGUAAUGAUAUGACACUGACCUGAAUUUAAACUUUUGUGAACUAUGCAAGUUUAACAUAUUAAUUUUAACGCGAACUUGUAUUUUUUUCUUAAACGAGUACCAUCAAUCGUAAUUUUACUAAAUAUUUUCCCAUAGAGAAACGGUGACGAGAAUUUGAGAAUCAACCCACCCUAAUCAGUAGAUCCAACUUCAUUUACACUGACAAUUUUGCACGCUUUUGUGUCUCUGUGUAAUUUUUAACACUUUUCAGAGAGCUGUGACGUUCAAAAACAUCUCAGUGCAUCACGACGAAACCGAUGAAAGCGAUAAAAUAGGAGAAUUAUUGGGGACAUCGUUCCAGGCCAAAUGGUUCACUGGCUUAUCUAACAAUAUGUUAAGUGACAUCUCAUUUGCGUGGAGGAAACAAGGCACACGCUUUGAUCCAAUCGCCAUUAUUCAAAGUAUUUCUGACCUACUGAAGAAGGAAAGCGAGGCACAAGGAAAGCCGUUGAACGACUGUUUCUAUGAAAGCUUGACCGAUUUGGAACGAGAUCCUGACUUCAUCCAACUGCUCAAUGAGUUUAAUGAAGGAAUAAACAAUGAAAGAAACAUCAUGACAAUAGGUAUGUUUCAAAUAUUGUUAUUAAUGGCAUUAUAAAUUGGAAAAACUUUUACUAUACCAUAUGUAAUAUGACCAUUUCAAAUAAAGUAGAUACUGCAUCAUACCCCACAAUGCUAUACCAUACUGUACUGUAUGGUAACAUACCAUAUCACACCCGGCACACCAUACCAUACCAUACCAUAUCAUACCAAACCACACCAAAACACCACACAACACGACAUGUCUGACACCACACGCCACGCCCGACUACAUUACAUGCCAUGCCACGGCACGACACGCAACGCCACGCCACGCCGCGCCACGCCACGCCACGCCACGCCACGCCACGCCACGCCACGCCACGCCACGCCAAGCCACCGGCGACACGACACGACACACAACACUUUUCUGAAUCACGAAAGACUGAAUUUGUCACUAGCAAAAGAAAAUAAAACCAAAAAUGUUAUUUAGGCUGUUUUCCUUUUCGACAAAGACAAGUAUACAUUGCCCUGCGCACCCAAACUAUCACUUUCUUUCUUUGUAUGUAGGAUCCAAUUUGCCAGAACUUCAAAAAGAUGAUAAUCCCAUCAAAGAUGUCGGUCUUAGGGGCGAAGUAAUUACUGGCGAAAGUUCCGAUGCAGAAAACGACUUGAUAAGAUACAGUAACUACAUCUCAGGAGCUGGAUCUACAUUUGGUGGUUUUAUGUCUGGCUUUCCAGGAGAUGCCCAAAGUUUGGUCACAGGUAAUUUUUGCAAUAACAUGGGCCUCUGUAAAAGAAAAGACCUUAUAUUCAUAUGGUCAUUAAUCAACUAGAUAUUAACUGGUUUUCUAUAGAGUCGUUUUCUACGUUUAUCGUUUGCGAACUGACGUAUACACGUUUGUGAGCUGUCCGCUAGACGUUUGCGAACUGACCGCAGACAUCUUAACAAAUAUAGAUUCCUUUCGAAAGUAACUGCUUUCAGUCCAAAGUCGUUUGAUCGAAGUUGAUCGGCUAUAAUGCUUAGAAGAGGAACGAUGACAAUGAUUGCAGAAAGAUCUGUCGCGAGCACGAAGCUUUGGUAAAUAACAGAUUUUCCUAAACCGUCGGUAAAAUGGAUAAGACGUCUCUUCCAGAAAGCAAAGGCGCAACCUUAAUCUGUUCGUUCUUCAAGUAAGCCUUCCGUAGCGUUCUGCUAAACGCACUUCAACUGCUUACUGCUUCUUCUAAACCUGAGACGAAAUUUUGUGUGUCCGUCGAUAGCAGUGACAACUGAUGUGUCAGCAUGUUAAAAUUUGUCAAAUGUAGAUGACAACGUGUUCACAAGUGUUUAAUGUUUCUUAGCCAAUCCAGUUCUCCGAUGCUGGGUCUGCGGGGAAAUUUAAGCACGUCGGAGAGUGCAGUCACAGUUCCCGCCUCGGCCCGUUCACUCUCACCAGUCCCGCUGAGCCUAGACUCGCCCAAAAAAGGACUGCUUGCAGUCUAGAAUCUCUAAAAAUAGGCCGUUAGGUCAUCGUCAAAUUCGCUUCCAAUUUCCCAAAUUUUAGGGCGCGUCCAAUGUGGCGGACGGCACGAUCAAGGUAAGCCAUUUUAGAGGCGCGCGUGCCUUCCGUGAUUGGACUGUUUGUAUGAUUUUUUAAACCAUUUCCAUUAAUAUUUUUAUCAAGGUAAUUAUGGGACAAUUCCUUGUUUAUACGCAAGAAUCUAUUUUCCCUGCAAAUGCCAGAAAUUUCACCACUAAUUUCUGUGUCCAUUAAUCUCGUUAAUAAAACUAUUUGCACCCGGCUAUAGACAAGAAGUGAACCUCUACCCAGCUCUCUAAUUAACUGAAAUAUCUGAUGAGGCGUUUUGUUAUUUUUGUAGAUAUGAUGGACAGCAUGAAUUAUAAGGUCAAUGCUCUGGAAUUUAGACUGAAGCGGGACGCGAAGCUUGAGGCACUUAGAAAGCUGGAUAUGGAGAUAGUAGUUGAAAAUACCAUUGAAACUGACUCAGAUCUUCGAGCAAAGAGAGUAGGAAUGAAAGACGUCCAAGACAUAGUUGUCGACGAAUCAUUUGACAACAUCAAGAAAGUCAGCGGUGCCAGUAAUCAGCAGAAGUUGACCCAGCAGAACUUUAAUACUCAGAAGAAAAUAUCACAGAUGAAAGUAAGAGAAUCAGCGAAGAAAUAUGCAAGAAAAUUUAUGAAAAAAGUCGGCAGUGGCAUUGAGACAUCUACUACAGCAUUCAGUUUUGCACAAGGAGGGGUUGAUGUAGCAGGUGGAAGUGACAUGAUCGACAAAGCUGAAGAACUAAGAAAGUCGGGAGCCAUUUCAGAGGAUGAAUAUGAUACGAUGAUGAGAAAUGGUCAGCUUCGAGUAGCUCAAGGAAGCUUUGGUCUCGCAAACGGUGUUAAGAACGUUGGUGAAUUUGUCGGUAAAAGACUCCAAAAAACUAUCGUAGAUAAAGGUUCUAAAGCUGGGUUAAAGCUCCUGAAACAAGCACAACGGUUCGCACCAGUAAUUGGUGGUAUGAUAUCCAUGGGAACAACUGCAACAUCAAUUGCCAAGAAUGCAAUCGCCGCGAAUGAUGCUAUGAUGCAAGGAAAUGCCGGCAAGGCCGCCAUGUAUGGAGUAAUGGCAGCUAUUGAUGUAAUAACUUUGAUUCUGGACGGAGCAAGCUUAGUCACAGACUUUGUAUUCCCACCGCUAUCACCAAUCAUUGACCUUGUCAGUACAGUCUUGCAAGUUGUCAACACAGUGCUUGGGUUCUUUGCUGACUUGAUAGACUUCCGAUCCACUAAACAAAGAGUGACCGACGAAUUCAAUGCUUACAUCAAUUCUGAUGCGUUUAAAAAGUACGUAGAUGACAUGGCACAGACAUACAAGAAACGAGGCUUUGAUGUAUUUACAUACAUUGUAGAUGCAGAAGUGGCAGGUAUCGAAGCUGACACCAAAACCCUGCGAGAAGUCUCCAAGAAUAUCAACAAGUGCCUCACUGAUAAAGCCAAAGAGGAUUUCAAUAAUCCACAACAUCGCAUAGCAUUGCUAGAUGCAACGUCUUUCGGCAAAACUUUAAAAGGAAGACUUAAUAAUGAUGAAAUUAUAGCCGGUUUUGGUCCAGAUGAAAUCUUUGGCGACGAAGGCGAUGACAUGCUGUUUGGACGAGGAGGAGAUGAUACCAUUUAUGGUGGUCCAGGAAAUGAUUACCUCAACGGUGGAACAGGACGAGAUGUUCUUCUAGGUGGAACAGGUGAUGACAUGAUUAACUGUGAGCCUGCUGUUGAUUUGAAAUGUGAAGGAGGUGAGGGGGACGAUACCUUAGAGUUAUCUGGCGAAUCUUUGAUCUACGACGACAAAUACUGGAAAGCCCCGUAUAUAACAAUGGGCAAGCAAUGGGAAAUGAAUCCUUCAAAAGUCUCAGCAGUUAAGGGGAUUUAUCUUGAUAUGAGACAUGCAAAAGGAGACACAAAGCAGGGAUUAUCGGGGAUCAGUUUGGGAUCCCUCUUUCAAGGUUGGCCUGAUGGAUUUGAUGAGUCCAUUCAUAAAGCAGCAAUACCGCAAAAUUCAGAGCUCCACUCUCUGUUUACUCGAUUUUACGCCUUUUUGCCGUUUGUACCUCUUGACAACUGGAGGGAGAAACUAAAAAAUAAACAGAUGUGGUUCUUAGCUGAUAAGGGUAUGGCAAAGUGUUUCUUUGAUGGAAGUUCCAUGUAUUUAGCUUAUGGCAGCGGCAAAGACACCAAGUUCGUGAGUUAUUGCCAAAAUGUACUCCAAAAUCUGGACACAACAUUUGCUGUUUAUAAGAACGAUCGUUUACAGUACACAGACGGUGAAAAGAUUAAGGCUCUUUUGACAUUUGCUUUUAAAAGAAGCUUUUUAUCUGACAAGUUUGAAAAAGUAGCUGGCUCACCACCUUCUGAUCUCCUAAGCCCAUCAAAUUACAUCCCUACAACUAUCAUCGGUGAUAACGAACAUAACGUAAUUGACUUGUCUUAUGGUCUUGGUGACGUAGUUUACACUAAUAAAGGAGACAACGUUGUUUCUGUUGGAACGACUAUGCCAGAACAUCAAGUGAAGGUUGACGGAUUUCCUGACGGGGGAUUUAAAUGGGCUAAAUACAUCGUAGGAGGUAGUGGAGAGAAUACACUGAUAGUACAGUUCAUGAAAACUCCAGAGUCGUGUCCGGGGGGACUACAACAGUUUUAUCAGAACUGGGCUCUUCUAGACUUAGAUGUGAAAUUGAACAGUGAAAAAAAUUUCCGCAUUAUGGAACCACAUCUCAUUUACGCAAAGAACAUAAAAACAGUGGAAAUUCAUCGUCCACCCAGUGGCUGUCGCAGUUUAGUGUCUUUUAGUGCUAAAUAUUAUAGUGGGGCGAGUCGUUUUAUACUUGACGAGACGAACCUUUUCGAAGGUCCUGACGAAAGUGAAAGGGACGUAAUAGUCUUGUUGAGAAGUCUGAAGAAAACCAACAAAAUAACUUUUGGUGUUGACGUAAUGAACACUAUUUCGUUUAAAUAUUACAGCGAUUCAGAAUACAAAGUUACCAAAAUAGAAAUUGGCACCGGUCCUGGUUCAGAUUCCGGUAGAAUAUACACGUCGGAAGGACCUGGUGGAAUAAUGGAAAACGCUAGAAAUGUUAUCGGUACGCCAUCGUGCAAGGAAAUCAUUGGCAAUGACAAGGCAAACCUUCUGAUGGCUGUUGGAGGAGAAAACUACCAUUGA